CUCAGCUUUUUACCAGAGUUUCUCUGCUUCACAAUCUUGGUAAGGCAAGUAUCCCCAUAAACGAAAAGCUUCCACUUUACCUACAGAGAGAAAACGAUGAAGCUCUCACUGAAACUCCAAGAGCAAUCUCAAACCCAGAAUCACCAAAAACAAUCACAAACUCACCCACUUCUCCUCCGUGCCAAAAUCCCCAUUUCCAUUUUCAAUCUUCCUUUCCUUUCUUGCUUUUCCACCACCACCCACCACCCUUCUGAUCUCUCGCUUUCUCUUGCCACCAAUUUCCCUUCUGGACCUACCCUUAAACUCGCCUACUCCACUGCAUCAACCCCCACCACUCCCAGCUCCACUACCCCAAUCGCCCCUCCUUUAACUCUGAUGCUCAAAUCUGGAAUUGGGGUUUUUGGGUCGCCCAAGAACUCACCUUUAGUCAUUUCUGCUAACUUUUCCUUCUCCCCUUUGAAUUCUAAUCAAAAUCCCACUUUUACCCUUCUCUUCAAACCCCAAUUGGGUUCCUUUUCGCUUCGUAAAAGCACUACUUCUGAUCUGAAUUCUAGUUCGAGUGCUGUGGGUAAGCAGAAUGGUGAUGGGAAUUCAUUUGGUUUUGUUCCUUUGGAGAGGCCAUCGAGUUUUAAGGAAUUCUCGAUGGAGGAUUAUGCGAAAGAUUCUGUCUUUAAGGGGAUUGCUGUAAUGGCGAAGACGGAAAUGCCUUUGACUAAUAAGGUUAUGAUGGAUUGUCGUUGGGGUGUGAAUUUCCCCAAGGAUUUGGGAAGCAGGAUGCCGUUUUUAAGUGUGAAUAAGAUCGGGAUUAAGAGAGUUGAGGAAGUUAAGGAGUUGAAGGAGAAGAAGGAUGAGAAUUCAGGCGAAACGGAGUUGCUGAAAGGUAUGUGUUUUUGGAUGAAAAACGAGUUGGAGAUGCUGCAGAGAGAGAAUAGAGAGAUGAAACAUAGGUUGGAGGAAAUGAAGAUGGGGAAUGGUGUUAGGAAGGGUGUUGGCGAGGCAGAGUUUGUAGGUGUGCAGGUGAUUGAGAAUUCAGGGGGAUUUGAGCAGUGGAGGAAUAAGAGGAAUAGUGGGGGAGAGAAUCCGAAGAAAGAGGUGAAGAAGAACUCCUCCAACGGGAAUCGAGCUAGUGAUGUUGAGAGUGAGUUGCAGAAAGCUAUUAGGGCUGCUUCUUCAUCAUGAGCAUGAAAGGACCGAUUGGUGCACGAAGCAUCUUGCAUUCACGCAAGGCCUGAGAAAGGGUUGUACCUCAAGGGGUGUGAUGUGGCAGCUGGGCUUACCCUUUUGAUGAUGAACAUAAUUUCAGGAAAUUACUUUAUACUUCAGUUGUCGUGAGAAUCCUUAUUCGACAAGCCCAAGCAACUUAACUUGGAACGUUUACCUCGUCUAACUUUAGGAUUUGGCAGCCACAUAUUUUCUUGGAUACAAGUAUUGCACUAUUGUUGCUAUGAUACUCUUUGUGAAAGUAUAUCAACAUUAUGUACUAUCUGGAUAUGCUUCUCUAUUCUACAUGAGGGAGGCAUCAUGCCGCUCAAUUGCACCGUGUUUCUCUUCUUCAAUUAUCGGCAGCCUCUUCAACCUU